CAAAAACCACUCCAACAUGCGGGACCCACUGGCAGACUGUUCGUAUAAUAAAGUAUACAAGAACUUAAAGGAGUGUUCUCAAAAUGGAGAGAAUUUCUGCAAGCAGGUCACAUCGAUUCUUCAGCAAAGGGCAAACCUGGAGAUCAGCUAUGCCAAAGGACUCCAGAAACUGGCACUCAAGCUGAACAAAGCAUUACAGAACACCAGGAAAAACUGUCUGAGCAGCGCCUGGGCCUGGGCCGCGGAGGGCAUGAAAUCCACAGCAGACCUGCAUCAAAAACUCGGCAGAGCAAUUGAGUUGGAGGCGAUAAAACCGACUCAUCAAAUCCUGAGUGUACAAGAGAAGAAGAGAAAAUCACUUGAUAAUGAAGUUGAGAAGACAGCUAACCUUGUCCUUAGCAACUGGAAUCAGCAAAUUAAGGCCAAGAAGAAAUUAAUGGCGAGCACCAAGAAGCAUGAAGCCCUUUUCCAUCUUGUAGAAAGCUCCAGGCAAUCUGCAACUGAAAAGGAGAAGCGGAAGCUCCUCAAUAAGCUGAAAAAAUCAACUGAGAAGUUGGAAAAGGAAGAUGAAAAUUACUAUCAAAAAAACAUGGCCGGCUAUUCCACCAGACUGAAAUGGGAAAACACACUAGGAAACUGCUACCAGAGCAUCCUGGAGCUGGAGAAGGAAAGAAUUCAACUUUUAUGCAAUAACCUAAACCAGUACAGCCAACAUAUUUCUCUUUUUGGCCAAACGCUGACUGCAUGCCACACACAGAUUCACUGUGCCAUCAGCAAGGUUGAUAUUGAGAAAGACAUCCAGGCUCUGAUGGAAGAAACUACAACAUCGUCAACAGAACCCAAGUCCGAGCUGCUAUUAACUGAUUACUUUGAAGAAGAUACCAACAAUGCAAUGGAUAAAGAGAGACGGAAAUCUCUAAUAAAACCAAAAUUGUCGAGACUGGAAAAAGACAUUGAAAAAGCCUCAAGAGACAAAGAAGGCCUGGAACGAAUGCUUAAUGUGUACUCUAGCAGCUCUUCCUUCUCCGAUGCAAAGAGCCAGAAAGACACAGCAGCGUUAAUGGAUGAGAACAGUCUGAAACUGGACCUUCUGCAAGCAAACUCCUAUAAACUUUCAUCCGUAUUGGCAGAACUGGAGCAAAGACCUAAGCCCAGCCAUCCCUGUAGUAACUGCAUCUUCAAAUGGAAAGAAAAGGAGCAUAUGCACAGUUACGUAAAGCUCUCUCGGCCUACUUUGACGAAGAGGUUGGAGAAUGCCGUGAGCUGCGCAUCUUCUGGCGGGCAGAACCACCCAAGCUCUUCAUCUGCAGCCUCUGGUGUGGCCCCGCCCGGCAACAGUCUUGGCAAGGCUUUAUAUUCUUUCCAAGCCAGGCAAGACGAUGAAUUGAGUCUGGUAAAAGGUGACAUCGUGAUUAUACAUGAGAAAAAGGAAGAAGGAUGGUGGUUUGGAUCCUUAAAUGAGAAAAAGGGCCAUUUUCCUGCGGCGUACGUGGAGGAGCUACCUUCAAGCGCUGGGAACAUGGCAACGCAGAAAUGAAACAAGAUCCUGAACGUGCUGCCUUCCAUGCUCUGUAAAUUAUGUGACGCAAAUACAGAUAAAAUGCUGUUAUCUUUA